AUGUCAGGUUCAGACACUCCAUCCGUGAUCGAAGGGCUGGAUGUUGAAUUGGACUUCUUCAAGGAUGCCAGAGUCCUGUGGUUUAAGGAACGAAUACUAUCCUUCAUCGGUAUGAGCGAUGACGAGUUGUUCUAUAAUAUGUUCGAUGAUGCGGAGGUUAAGCGCUUGUUCACUAAUUAUGUGACGUCACCAAUAAAACCAAAUGAACAGGAAUUGGAUAAGAGAACGUUUUAUGUCACUAAAAUCAUUGUCGACAAGCUUAUACACGAAGACAAGGAGUUUACGGAGUGGAGUGAGUAA